AUGAAUAAGUAUUAUUGAAUAUGGAAUAUGUUUGAAAACAAUAGUAAUGUUUGAUCUCCUUCUGCUUCUCCUUUUCCAGGAAUGAGGACCACAUGGAGCGUUCCGAACGGACAUGCACUAAAAUGGAUAGUAUUGAAGCCACAGAGGAGCAGUAAGUUGCCAGCUAUGCCUUUUUACAUACGAUGUCUCUGAGAAAAUACCAAACUGUUUUGAUAUCAUUUCACAUUUUGGUAAUUUAGCAGAUGCUCUUAUCCAGAGCAACUUACAGUCAGUGCUAGAUAAGACAACCACAUAUGACAGUCAUAGUAAAACUUUCCUCAACAAAGCAGCUAUCAGCAAAAUCAGUCCUAGUAAGAAAAUUCAAGUGGAAGUGUUAGUGCAAGAAAGGGAAGUACAACAGUGAGGUGUUAUUUUAGUUUUCAUGUUGUCACAUAAGCUGAUGGCCAUUGUUCACGUCCGUGCAUCCCUGUCUUUACAGGCAUUAUACAGUACAUAUUGUACAUAGACAUUAUACAUUAGGACUGGCUACCUCAAGAAAGGAUGCCAGAAAAUAUGCCAGAAAAUGUAAUUAUUGCAUGCAAGAAAUUUGCCAGAAUGCAUGCCAGAAAUGUUGCAGUCUAAUUAUUUUGCCCAUUUCGUUUUACUGCUUUGGCCCAUUCAUUUUCUCUCUUUACGUUGCUGCUGUGUCAAUAUCUAUUCCUGUGUGUUUCUCACUCAUUUGCUGUAUUAGCCAAUUAGAGCAUGAGUUUUAUUUUCUCUCCACCUCUCUCACAAUUUCAGUUAUUUGACUGAAACAGCUCUUAACUGAGGACAUUAGCAGGUCCAUUAUAUAGUAUAGGGCUCAGCUCUGCGGUAUAUAAAUAAUAAAUAAUAUGCCAUUUAGCAGACGCUUUUAUCCAAAGCGACUUACAGUCAUGCGUGCAUACAUUUUUUGUUUGUUUUUGUGUAUGGGUGGUCCCGGGGAUCGAACCCACUACCUUAGCGUUACAAGCGCCAUGCUCUACCAGCUGAGCUACAGAGGACAUUGUGUGCUUAUUAUUUGUGUGAUAUGUAAUAUUGUCGGAUUUCAGCAUUCAGCUGCAUUUACACGAUGUAGCCUGUCUGGCUUCUCAAACAAUUGUGAGCCAAAUACUGUUCUCACACGGCUGUGGCCAUGAUACCGGGUUCAACCUGAGGCCUACCUUGGAACACUCAUUCUUCAUGUUGUUCUUGUAAUAAGUGAGAUGGAUUUUUCUAGUCACCUAGUCCUGCUUGUAAUAAUGGAAACACUUCAGCAUGUGACAUGCUUAGCAUGUUUUGUCGAUUGAGACAUGAAUAACAGAAAGGCCUGCACUGAAUGCUCCUAAUUACCACCUUUGAAUUACAUUUCAAUCGGUUCCUGUAGCCAUGACUCUUACCCUCACACCAAUAGUGUUUGCUUGCCGAGAUUACUUAGCACCUGUGAAAGUAAUUUGCGAACCGAGUGCCCACCGAUUUUACAUGUAGAAUCAAGUGAAAAAUGUUGGCAGUCAGAUGUCUACAGUGGGUGGUCCCUGAACACAGCGCGCUGAACGAUCGGCAGACGAAUGCUAGAUCCACAGUGCGAUGUGUGCGAGGCUUUAGGUCAAAAAUGCUCUCAGGAAGAUGCACUGGUUCAAAGUGUUGUCAUUGAAUGUGGUGAUUAGGAUCAUACCAAAGUAUUCCGCUAUUAUAUAGACAAGUCAGCCAAAUGGAAUGGUUGGUUUGUUGCAGUGGCUAACCAAAGUAUGGAUUGCAGUCUCUUCAUGUCUGCUUAGACUGCUUCAAGGUAAGCGGUCUACAUUUUAAUGUGGGUUAACUAUCGCUUUAAAAAUAAGGCUUGAAUAAAAUAGUUUUCCAUAAGGGCCACACCCCUGAUCUAUGUUUCCAAUUGCUAGCCGUUUGAAAAUGUUCAUGCUAUAACAAUGAAUUUCUCUAAAUCACUACCUGGCUAUGAAUCUAAAUCACCACCUGGCUAUGAAUCUAAAUCACCACCUGGCUAUGAAUCUAAAUCACCACCUGGCUAUGAAUCUAAUCACCACCUGGCUAUGAAUCUAAAUCACCACUGGCUAUGAAUCUAAAUCACCACCUGGACUAUGAAUCUAAAUCACCACCUGGCUAUGAAUCUAAAUCACACCUGGCUAUGAAUCUAAAUCACCACUGGCUAUGAAUCUAAAUCACCACCUGGCUAUGAAUCUAAAUCACCACCUGGCUAUGAAUCUAAAUCACACCUGGCUAUGAAUCUAAAUCACCACCUGGCUAUGAAUCUAAAUCACCACCUGGCUAUGAAUCUAAAUCACCACCUGGCUAUGAAUCUAAAUCACCACCUGGCUAUGAAUCUAAAUCACCACCUGGCUAUGAAUCUAAUCACCACCUGGCUAUGAAUCUAAAUCACCACCUGGCUAUGAAUCUAAAUCACCACCUGGCUAUGAAUCUAAAUCACCACCUGGCUAUGAAUCUAAAUCACCACUGGCUAUGAAUCUAAAUCACCACCUGGCUAUGAAUCUAAAUCACCACCUGGCUAUGAAUCUAAAUCACCACCUGGCUAUGAAUCUAAAUCACCACCUGGCUAUGAAUCUAAAUCACCACACCUGGCUAUGAAUCUAAAUCACCACCUGGCUAUGAAUCUAAAUCACCACCUGGCUAUGAAUCUAAAUCACCACCUGGCUAUGAAUCUAAAUCACCACCUGGCUAUGAAUCUAAAUCACCACCUGGCUAUGAAUCUAAAUACAACCACCUGGCUAUGAAUCUUAGAACAAUCACCACCUGGCUAUGAAUCUAAUCACCACCUGGCUAUGAAUCUAAAUCACCACCUGGCUAUGAAUCUAAAUCACCACCUGGCUAUGAAUCUAAAUCACCACCUGGCUAUGAAUCUAAAUCACCACCUGGCUAUGAAUCUAAAUCACCACCUGGCUAUGAAUCUAAAUCACCACCUGGCUAUGAAUCUAAAUCACCACCUGGCUAUGAAUCUAAAUCACCACCUGGCUAUGAAUCUAAAUCACCACCUGGCUAUGAAUCUAAAUCACCACCUGGCUAUGAAUCUAAAUCACCACCUGGCUAUGAAUCUAAAUCACCACCUGGCUAUGAAUCUAAAUCACCACCUGGCUAUGAAUCUAAAUCACCACCUGGCUAUGAAUCUAAAUCACCACCUGGCUAUGAAUCUAAAUCACCACCUGGCUAUGAAUCUAAAUCACCACCUGGCUAUGAAUCUAAAUCACCACCUGGCUAUGAAUCUAAAUCACCACCUGGCUAUGAAUCUAAAUCACCACCUGGCUAUGAAUCUAAAUCACCACCUGGCUAUGAAUCUAAAUCACCACCUGGCUAUGAAUCUAAAUCACCACCUGGCUAUGAAUCUAAAUCACCACCUGGCUAUGAAUCUAAAUCACCACCUGGCUAUGAAUCUAAAUCACCACCUGGCUAUGAAUCUAAAUCACCACCUGGCUAUGAAUCUAAAUCACCACCUGGCUAUGAAUCUAAAUCACCACCUGGCUAUGAAUCUAAAUCACCACCUGGCUAUGAAUCUAAAUCACCACCUGGCUAUGAAUCUAAAUCACCACCCUAAAAUCACCACCUGGCUAUGAAUCUAAAUCACCACCUGGCUAUGAAUCUAAAUCACCACCUGGCUAUGAAUCUAAAUCACCACCUGGCUAUGAAUCUAAAUCACCACCUGGCUAUGAAUCUAAAUCACCACCUGGCUAUGAAUCUAAAUCACCACCUGGCUAUGAAUCUAAAUCACCACCUGGCUAUGAAUCUAAAUCACCACCUGGCUAUGAAUCUAAAUCACCACCUGGCUAUGAAUCUAAAUCACCACCUGGCUAUGAAUCUAAAUCACCACCUGGCUAUGAAUCUAAAUCACCACCUGGCUAUGAAUCUAAAUCACCACCUGGCUAUGAAUCUAAAUCACCACCUGGCUAUGAAUCUAAAUCACCACCUGGCUAUGAAUCUAAAUCACCACCUGGCUAUGAAUCUAAAUCACCACCUGGCUAUGAAUCUAAAUCACCACCUGGCUAUGAAUCUAAAUCACCACCUGGCUAUGAAUCUAAAUCACCACCUGGCUAUGAAUCUAAAUCACCACCUGGCUAUGAAUCUAAAUCACCACCUGGCUAUGAAUCUAAAUCACCACCUGGCUAUGAAUCUAAAUCACCACCUGGCUAUGAAUCUAAAUCACCACCUGGCUAUGAAUCUAAAUCACCACCUGGCUAUGAAUCUAAAUCACCACCUGGCUAUGAAUCUAAAUCACCACCUGGCUAUGAAUCUAAAUCACCACCUGGCUAUGAAUCUAAAUCACCACCUGGCUAUGAAUCUAAAUCACCACCUGGCUAUGAAUCUAAAUCACCACCUGGCUAUGAAUCUAAAUCACCACCUGGCUAUGAAUCUAAAUCACCACCUGGCUAUGAAUCUAAAUCACCACCUGGCUAUGAAUCUAAAUCACCACCUGGCUAUGAAUCUAAAUCACCACCUGGCUAUGAAUCUAAAUCACCACCUGGCUAUGAAUCUAAAUCACCACCUGGCUAUGAAUCUAAAUCACCACCUGGCUAUGAAUCUAAAUCACCACCUGGCUAUGAAUCUAAAUCACCACCUGGCUAUGAAUCUAAAUCACCACCUGGCUAUGAAUCUAAAUCACCACCUGGCUAUGAAUCUAAAUCACCACCUGGCUAUGAAUCUAAAUCACCACCUGGCUAUGAAUCUAAAUCACCACCUGGCUAUGAAUCUAAAUCACCACCUGGCUAUGAAUCUAAAUCACCACCUGGCUAUGAAUCUAAAUCACCACCUGGCUAUGAAUCUAAAUCACCACCUGGCUAUGAAUCUAAAUCACCACCUGGCUAUGAAUCUAAAUCACCACCUGGCUAUGAAUCUAAAUCACCACCUGGCUAUGAAUCUAAAUCACCACCUGGCUAUGAAUCUAAAUCACCACCUGGCUAUGAAUCUAAAUCACCACCUGGCUAUGAAUCUAAAUCACCACCUGGCUAUGAAUCUAAAUCACCACCUGGCUAUGAAUCUAAAUCACCACCUGGCUAUGAAUCUAAAUCACCACCUGGCUAUGAAUCUAAAUCACCACCUGGCUAUGAAUCUAAAUCACCACCUGGCUAUGAUCUAAAUCACCACCUGGCUAUGAAUCUAAUCACCACCUGGCUAUGAAUCUAAAUCACCACCUGGCUUGAAUCUAAAUCACCACUGGCUAUGAAUCUAAAUCACCACCUGGCUAUGAAUCUAAAUCACCACCGGCUAUGAAUCUAAAUCACCACCUGGCUAUGCAUCUAAAUUCACCACCUGGCUAUGAAUCUAAAUCACCACCUGGCUAUGAAUCUAAAUCACCACCUGGCUAUGAAUCUAAAUACCACCUGGCUAUGAAUCUAAUCACCACCUGGCUAUGAUCUAAAUCACACCUGGCUAUGAAUCUAAAUCACCCACCCCUGGCUAUGAAUUAAAUCACCACCUGGUUAUGAUCUAAAAUCACCACCUGGCUAUGAAUCUAACAUCACCACCCUGGCUAUGAAUCUAAAUCACCACCUGGCUAUGAAUCUAAAUCACCACCCUGGCUAUGAAUCUAAAUCACCACCUGGCUAUGAAUCUAAAUCACCACCUGGCUAUGAAUCUAAAUCACCACCUGGCUAUGAAUCUAAAUCACCACCUGGCUAUGAAUCUAAAUCACCACCUGGCUAUGAAUCUUCAGGUGGUUGAGGCAGACUACUUGCAGAAAUGUGUCAUCAUAUAACAGUAUAAAGGCAAGAUCUUUGGCGUUGAGUCCCCCUACCAUAUCUGCCUAUAGCAGCUUGUGCACAAUACUAAAAUGACAUCUCUCUAAAAUGACAAAACAGGAUAUUUGAGGUAUGGGGCAUUUCAAUAUAGCCUAUUCUCGUUUUUAUGACUUAUAAUCAACACUGUCCAUGACAUAGUACCUAUAUGAAUGCCUACAAAAAUGCAUAGCCUCAUUUAAUUUCUUUUCAAAGACACAAGUAGGUAAAUCAGAUUUCAAAUAAGUAAAUACACUAGCAAAAUUGUGAAUAGGUUAAAUAACAAAAUAAGUAUGGGGAAUAACAGUAGUGUUCUGACAAGCACAUUAAUUACCUGCAUACCCUGUUCCCAUUGUCCUUGUGCCAUCUUCAACCAAAUGUGUGCCUGUCAAGUUACCAGGUUGUUACCACCUAGCUAAUAUGGUAGCAUGACUGAACAAGAUUGUUUGUUAUCAAAAUAAUUAUUAGGCUAGUUAGCACCCCCACGCCUAUCAAAUGUGUCCUGCGAUAGAAAAAACAACAACAUACCUCCCGUAAUAUGGAUCAUAAAUGGAACCGUGAUGGUCAUGAAGCUUAUGGAACACUGGCAUACAGUGUGCAGGCCUUUUGUUCUUUUCAUGUUUAUCAUUAGCCCAGUAUCUACGUUUUUCAAGGAUGUGUGUAUGACAAAUGACCACUACUAUUUAUAUUGCCAAUUGAAACAGCCUGUGGAAACCGUGUUAUGCAUCUCUGGAGGGAUGCAUAACACGGUUGUUUGUUUUGUUGUGUAUUGUGAGAGUCCAGACUGCUAACACUGGGUUCCUGGUAUCCUGUGUUUAGGCAACCCACUCUAGACGAGGUGGUAGCCUGGGCCCGUAGCUUCGAGCUGGUGAUGCGCUCCUCAGAAGGCAGGGAGAUUUUCCGAGAAUUUCUGCGCUCUGAGUACAGCGAAGAGAACCUGUUGUUCUGGCUGGCCUGUGAGGAGCUGAAGAAGGAGACGGACCCGACUGCGAUCGAUGAGAAAGCCAGGAUCAUCUACGAGGACUACGUCUCCAUUCUAUCGCCGAAAGAGGUAGGAGCCAGCACGUUGGAAGCAGGAGUUUGACUGGCACGUAGUAUCACUCGGCUGAUAUUUACUUUGUUGCUUUCGGGACUAUUCCAUUGGUUCCAUUGUGGAAAAUUAAAGCACGUACAGCUGAAGUAUUUGACGAUGUUUGGCAUACAUGUAUUUGACUCAGGUCUGAUUCCAAGACAUAUUGAAACCCCCAUCUCAAAGUGGUUGAAGAGGAGGAGGUGGGAGGUGACCUUAUCUCCAUUGAUAACAUGACCUCCCUCCAUUUCCGCUGUAGCUUUGUGUGAUAGCAAUGUCACUGUUCUCUCCCCCUCUUCUGCCUCCAGGUGAGCCUGGAUUCGCGGGUGAGGGAAGGCAUCAACCUGAGCCUGACGGAGCCCAGCAACAUGAUGUACGAGGAGGCCCAGCUGCAGAUCUACACCCUGAUGCACAGAGACUCCUACCCCCGUUUCCUCAACUCCUCCUUUUACAGGGACCUUCUGGACAGCAAGAGAAGCUCCUGCCUUGACACCUAAAGUAACCCUCCCCCAAGCAAAACAAAAAAAACAAGAAGACAAUAAGGUGCCAGAACUGGGUUUGAUAUUUUCCUCAAAACAUUUUUAAAAAAAGAAACAAGAAAAUAAUGAAUAGUUUAAGCAAUUUCAAGUGUCUGCUCGCAGGAGGCCCUGAGGGUUAGUUCCUGGUUUAACUGCAGAUAAGAGCUCCUCGGGCUACUGUGACAAAGAGAAACAAAAGGAAGGACAGACCCAUUGUUCCUGUACUGUACUUUUGAGUUCUCCUCCUUUCGCUCUCUCUUUCUCUAUCUUGCUCUGUAUUUUUCUCUCUCAAAUUCUGUCCCAUGCCUCAGCCAUUUUUACAGUCCAAAAACAAUGUCCUUUUUACGAUGGCUGUAGAGCUUGACCGCGGUGAGCAGGAAAAUCACUGACUUUGCAUGUAACAAGGUAAUGGAAUUCGCUCUACGGUAGCUUGGUAUUUUAGCAGUGGACUGCAAAGGUUCUUGAAUAUGAGAUGUAUUUUCUUCUGUUCUAGGGAUUACCCUGUCAAACUCUUGAUGUGUGAUGUGAAGGGAAUAUUGAUAUUUGCCAAUUAGCUUGCAGUCAUUGAUUUUGAGAAGGUUGAAAGUUUUACAGCAGUGUUAAUAUCCAAGCACUUGCAUUCUUUACAACUCUAAAACUGGGAGAAGGGCUAGAAUUGUGGUUGGGCAGCUAAAUGUCUUAUGAACAUUACUUUCCACAGGAAAUCACAAUGCCUUUAUGUGAAAAGGGCAGCACAAGAGCUGCUUGUUAUGGCAACAACCACAGUUUAGUGGACCUUUCUAUCCUUCCCGCACCAUCUCACCCUGAGAGAAGCACAGGUUAUGUCAGAGGUUGGAAUCAUUGUUGGAGAAAAAGAAAUCAAACAUUAAAUUCAGUCGUUUCAUACAAUAAAUCAUGAACACUUUACAGCUCUGAGAAUGAAAGAGAACCAUUUACUUUUUAGUUUUUCUACUGCCUAUAAUAUAAAUAGUAGUAAUCACGAUGCCUUGGUUCGGAAGGUCAAGUAUAAGAUAGCGGUAUGUCUGAUGCAUUGCAGACACAUAGAAUUAUGAAGUAGGCCUAUAUGGCUUCUGGUUUUAAAGCUGUAGCUAGUCCUAGACUGAAGGGGUCAGUGCCAGCUAAGUAACAGCCCAGCCGAGGGCAGAAGAGGCCAGGUGGAAUCAGACUUGUUUAUAUAGAGGUGGUUUGGAGGUUUCCAGUCCUGUUCACCAGAUGUUCAUCUGUCUUUAA